CAGGUGCUGCUUCAGUCCUGCACUUCGCAGUGCUUGCUAUUCACGCCUGAUACGACAUUGAGAACCGUGUUGGAGUCUAAAGCACUCACUACUGCGAUGUCAUCCACAAAGCAGCUUAUCACCAUCAACUCUCUUCCCAGAGAGAUCCUCGAGCACAUCUUUGAAGAACGCGUUGAGCUAGCUCAUUCUCAAGAUGGGAUAGGGGUCUGGCCAUAUCACCGCUGCCGUUCGGGGUGUAUCCUUGACUGGAUCCCCAUCACCCAUGUUUGCUCUCGCUGGCGCACUAUCGCAUUAGAGUUUCAGAAGCUCUGGACCCGUAUCGUACUUUUCCACCCGGAGUGGACGCAGCUCAUGCUCGAUCGCGCCGGGGUUGCUCCCCUCACCGUCUUAGUCGCCCACGAUGACCUCCUGGAGAAAUCCGACAAUAUGUGGAUGAACGACGAUUUCUUAGCAGACGAAGAUGAUCUCUCAAGCAGCCAAAUCGAUAGCUCAGAUGACGAUAGCGGCAGCUUAGAUUAUGAUGGUGACCACUCAACCGCCAAUCAAAAUCUCCCGCACCAAAGUAGCGACAAGACUAAGUCAAUGUUACACAAGCUGCGGGAAAACUUGAACAGGGUCAAGGACUUGUCCAUACAGAGUCCCGAUACAGAUAACCGAGAAGGUCUGACGAGACCUGUGAGACGCUGGUUGGAGCGCGAUGAUAGCGGCAAACUGGAAUCCUUGACCCUCGUCCUCUGUGGCUACUGGAGGGGUCCCUUGGCUCACCCUCAAAGUAUCAAGAGACUUUCUAUGAAGCUUAGCAGCCCUGUCGUGGAGCUGGACGCGGAGGAUGAAGCGCAUUUGCUGUUCGAAGGGAUGACAGCGCUGGAGGAACUGAUCAUAGAAAACACGCUCAUGAUGUCGGAGGACACACUCGAAGGCAGCAAAAUCCACCUGCCCAAGCUUAGGUACCUGCAUGUUGAUGACGAAAUGUACCAUUGCCUGGAAUUCCUUGGUGCACUCACGCAACCCCGCCCGUUUGAUUACUUUGGGCUCAAAACCGGGUCGUGCGAUAUCGCAAGCGAUCUUCCUACUCUCAGAGAUCUUGUCAAGCUUUCUGCUCCUGGUGGCGGAGCCAGUAUCAGUGACCUCUCUGGCUAUCACUGCGCCCUUCGGGUCGGCAUUGCAGAGGACGCGAUUCCGCGCGGAGGAACGCCAUUCACGCUAACCGCUUGGCGCCGGGAAUCCACCAAUUGCUCACAAGUUGUGGAAUUUGCCCGUCAAGGCAAAGUACCUCCUCUUCCUCAUAAUGAUUUUGUCGAUUUUACCGACGAAGAUGAAGAGGACGAGUCCGAAGAUGGCGAGCACGAGGACGUCAAGGAGCGCAUGAGAAACCGAAAUGCGAUGCCGUUGUUUCGAAGCACAAACCCGACACUGUACCUCGCUAGCGAUCUUCGAGAUGAAGACAACUAUGGAACCGAUCGCGAAAUAGAUGGCUUGCAGUUGUUAUCGAACGCGUUCAAGCUCCACACUGUCGUGUUUGCCUCCAUCGAUGCGACCCUCGUAGACGUAACUGAGAUAUCCGAAGAUGGGAUGUUCACGAUCCUACAAUCCAUGCCUUCUCUUCGAGCACUCGAGCUCCGUGCCUUCUCUCCAAGUUCCUUCCGCUUCCUUAAGCCUCGAAAAAUCCUUGAAUCCAAGACAGUUCCGGCUGAAAGUCUUCGGGAGCUUUGGAUUGCUGACACAAGCUUUUACCCCGACGAUGAUUAUGAAGUCGAGCACUAUGAUAGCGAGGACGAAGAAGCUUCGGACGUAUUCGUACCCAAGGAAGAAACUACACUGUCCGGCUGUUUAGCUGCACGAGCUGCCCUUGGAAAUGGGUUGGAAAAGCUUGUUCUCAAGGACUGCGAUUAUAUGCAGCCUCAAGAGUGGACUGCCCUUCAGGCAGUGACAUUCACGGUGGAAGUGAUUAGGAGUCUUUCGGAGUUAGACUGACCCCCCC